UUUUUUUUCUGUUUUUUUUUUUUUUUAAACCACUCUAACCUCGGGUUUUGCCUGCUUGCCCCAGCAAUAAAAUACCCAUUGGGUAACUUGUGGUUUUUUCCUCAUGAAUGACAUCAGAAUCCCUGUCUGUUUUGGUUAUAAAAUGUCUGUUAGAGUGCUAGGUUACAGGAAAGAGGAUGAGAAUUUUGACUUCGGAAGUUCACAGAAGCAGCAAUACCUGGUUUAAACACUCCUGGAGUGGAAGCAACGUGCAGCUGAGAUUCCUGGUACCACCAUAAUCUCCCCUUUGUCCAUGAGAGGAGAAGAAUAACAGAGAAAGCCAGUUUGUCAGAGCAGGCAGCCCGCUUGAUCAGAGCAACGCGGGAGACUCUGCAGGGCAUCUUGCAGCGCAGCCUGCUCUGGUGUUAAAACUCUAUGCAGAAGAGCUUAGCAGUGACCUCCUCGCUGUGGGGACUCUUUGGAGAGGCCGGUGUACUCAGCUGCAGCCUUUGCACGGGAGAUGAUGGUCUGAGCUCCGCAACACCACUUUCCAUCUAAACAUCCUGAGCACCGACCUCUGAACCACAGCCUCCGCCAGCCGUAACAUCGCUCAGUUGUGCAGCUUCAGCUCUUUCCCACCUGAGAUGAACUAGAACUCGAGAACCUCCUGAGGUAAGGGAUGGCUUAAGACGUUUAUCGUGUGCCAGGUAUCCUCCAGCAGAAAUCAUGGCAGGUAUUUCCUGGAGUGACGGAGGCUCCAAUGAGACAGUUGCCAAUGCCAGUUCAGAAUUCAGCUUGGAAGCAGACUUCCAGUAUUCCUUGUUUACUGUCAUCUACAGCAUUGUCUUUGUGCUGGGACUGGGAGAAAACGUCUUGGCUCUGUACCUGCUGUCCUGCAGAGUGACGCACACCUCUCAGUCCUACGUGUACCUGAUUAAUCUGGCUCUGGUAGACACCUUGUUUGUUUGUGUGUUGCCAUUCAAAAUUCAUUAUCACCUGAAUCGGAACAAUUGGAUCUUUGGUGACAUGGCUUGUAGGGUAACUGGGACUCUGUACUACAUCAACAUUUAUCUAAGCAUUGCCUUUUUCACCUGCAUUUGUGUGGAUCGCUACAUCGCGGUGUUGCACCCCUUCGCAUACAUCCAGAUCAAAGUCAUCCAUUACGUGAUGGUGGUCACGGUCCUUUGGGUGGUCGCCCUAAGUGUCAUGGUUCCACUUAUCCUUGGAGGUCCCCUCCACAACAGUGGCGCGAGGAACACAAUAGCGUGUUUUGAGAACUUUACUACGAGUAGCUGGACUUAUCGCAUGGCACCGUACAACAUCCUGGCCUUAGUUUUUGGGUUUGUGAUCCCAUUUUCCAUCAUUCUGAUCAGCUACCCUCUCAUUGUGAAGCGGAUCUCCCAGAUCAAGCACAGCAUUCGCAAGAGGAAGGCCCUGACCACUAUCUACAUCAUCUUGCUCAUUUGUACUUUGUGCUUUCUCCCCUAUCACCUCACCCACUUGCUCCACUUUUUAAUGAGAAUCCAGGUCAUCCAGAAUGAGUCAUUCACCAACCUCAUCUACAAAAUGCGAAGGGUCACCUUAGCCCUGGUGAGCUUCAACUGUUGCCUUAACCCUCUCUUGUACUACUUCACCUCCUCCAGCAAGCGAUGGCGCUGCAACUUCAAGCUCAGAUUCAGGUCUAAAAUUGUGUACACAAUCUGCGACCAGAAAUUCGGGGAGUCCUCCUACGUUUAUAAAGUACAAGAGGGACACGGAAAUAAAACCCGCAGAGAUGGGAUCAACUGAGCUACUUCAACACCACGCCGCUUCUGAGAACUCCUGUUUUCCACCCUGUGAACUAUGUGACUUCGGCGAGAAUUUCUCGUUCGUGGGUUAUCAGAGUCACCAGAAAACCACGGGCCUGGCUGACAAACCUCCUUCAAAGCCAAGGGU